AUGACAAUUCGAGGGGAUGUGCCGUACUGGCUCCAUGCGCGUGACGACGACGACAACCCGGCGACGCAGCUGCUACAGCUGCUCAAAGACCCCUUCUCCGGCACGCUUGCGUCGGCGUCCGUCUACUCUGCCUUGGGUAUCUCCCUCGGCAUCACGGCCUUUACCGCCCUCCUCUUCUCCUUCAUCAGACCGUACAACCAGUCCGUGUAUGCCCCGAAGCUGAAACAUGCCGACGACAAGCACGCGCCGCCGCCGCUGGGCAAGAAGCCGUGGUCAUGGAUCCUGCCCCUGCUGCACACGCAGGAAGAGAAGCUCAUUCAACAGAUUGGCAUGGACGCCACCAUCUUCCUGCGCGUGAUGCGCAUGUGUCGCAACAUGUUCCUGGUCCUCGCCCUCAUCGGCAUCAGUGUCCUCGUCCCCAUCCACUCCACCGAGUCCGUCAAGUUCCCCGGGGCGCCGACCGAUUCUAACAGCUUUAUUUUGACCAUUACGCCGUUGAACGUCUAUGGCCGCGUGCUGUGGUCGCAAGUCGUGAUUGCAUGGAUCUUUGACAUUAUUGUGUGCUUCUUCCUCUGGUGGAACUAUCGCCGGAUCAUGCAGCUCCGUCGCAAGUACUUUGAGAGCGAGGACUACCAGAACAGCUUGCACUCGCGAACGCUAAUGUUGUACGACAUUCCCAAGCAGGCCUGCUCCGACGAGGGCAUUGCGCGCAUUAUCGACAACGUCGCUCCCAACUCGUCCUUCGCCCGAACUGCCAUUGCCCGAAACGUCAAGGACCUCCCCGACCUCAUUGCGCAGCACGGUCGAGCGGUUCGAAAGCUGGAAAAGGUCUUGGCCAUCUACCUGAAGAACCCCCAGAACCUCCCGCCGCGACCGACUUGCAAGCCCUCCCGCAAGGACCGCUCGUACGGCACCUAUCCGAAGGGCCAGCGACUGGAUGCCAUUGAAUACUACACCCAGCGCAUUCGAGAACUCGAGGUGGAGAUCAAGGAGGUCCGGGCCAGUGUCGACAAGCGCAGCUCCAUGCCGUACGGAUUCGCCAGUUAUUCGGACGUCGCCGAGGCGCACGAGAUUGCCUACAUUGCUCGCGGCAAGAAGCCCCACGGCACGACGAUUCUCCUGGCGCCCAAGCCCAUCGACAUCAUCUGGCAGAACAUGCCGCUGUCCAGCUCGACCCGCAGCCGCAGGCGCUGGUUCAACAGCUUCUGGAUCGUCGUCCUGACCAUCUUCUGGAUUGCGCCCAACGCCAUGAUUGCCAUCUUCCUCGUCAACUUGGGAAACCUGGGCAAGGUCUGGCACGCGUUCCAGGUUUCUCUGGAGAAGGAGACCACCUUCUGGGGUAUCGUUCAGGGUAUCGCAUCUCCCGCCAUCACGUCCGGUGUCUACCUGGCCCUCCCCGUCAUCUUCCGUCGCCUCUCCAUCCGGGCAGGUGACAAGACCAAGACGGGACGUGAGCGACACGUCAUGGCCAAGCUCUACUCCUUCUUCGUAUUCAACAACCUCAUCGUCUUUUCCUUCUUCAGCGUCAUCUGGUCCUUUGUCGCAUCCAUCAUCACCGAUACCGACAAGGGCCUCAGCGCGUGGGACGCCAUCGUCAAGGAGAACAUUGCCCUCGGUAUCUUCCAAGCCUUUUGCCGAAACAGCCCCUUCUGGGUCACGUAUCUGCUGCAGCGACAGCUCGGUGCCGCCAUCGAUCUCGCACAGCUCUGGCCGCUGGUCAGCGCCUUUUUCCUCAAGCGAUUCUCCAGUCCCACGCCGCGAGAGCUCAUUGACUUGACGGCCCCGCCGGCGUUUGACUAUGCCAGUUACUACUGCUACUUCUUGUACUACUCGACCGUGACGCUGUGCUUCGCGGGCAUCCAGCCCCUCGUGCUCCUGGCGACGGCUCUGUACUUUUGCAUCGACUCGUUCCUGAAGAAGUACCUGAUCCUGUAUCGCUACGUCACCAAGACGGAGUCCGGCGGCCUGUUCUGGCGCGUCAUCUUCAACCGCUUCAUCUUCGGCACCAUCCUGUCCAACGGCGUUGUGAUGCUGACGUGCUGGGUGCAAGGAGAGGCUUCUCACAUCCAGUUCUAUGCCGUGUGCCCUCUGCCCGUUCUUAUACUGCUCUUCAAGUUUUACUGCGGGAAAUCCUUUGACGACAAGAUCCGAUACUACAGAGUGCCCAACUCUGCGAAGCAGAAUCACGGGAACAUGCAGAAGGAGAGCCGCCUCCGCAGCGAGAAGUUGGCCAGUCGCUUUGGCCACCCGGCUCUGUACAAGCCGCUCAUCACCCCCAUGGUCCAUCAGAAGGCGCAGAACCUGCUCCCAUCCAUCUACUCGGGACGCCUGACGGACGGCAGAGAAGUCGGAGGCGCUGGAGACCUGAUGAGCGUCAGCGGCUACUCCGACAUGUAUGCGCUCAACAACAUGCAAGGCGGCAAGCCCGGCAAGGCCGCGGACGGGGUGCCUGGGUUCGAGUACGUUUCGGAGGCGCACAUGGACUUUGAGUACUACAAGAACCGAGCAGAGUUCACCGAAGAGCACGGAGGCGACGAGAUGUACGGCCAGGAGUUUGACAGCCAACGGCCCGGCACGCCCGGCUCCCUAGACAGCGGCUCCAGGCCCGGGACGCCAUCCAGCCGCUACGCCACGCCUUUUACGCCCGCCAACGUGAGAUUGCCGCCGCCGCAGGACACAAGCUACCAGUCUUAUAGGCCUAGCCCGUAUGAAGAUAACUCGAUCGGCCGCCACCGCAGUCCGCUCUACGCGCAGGACAAUGGCAGCUCGUCUGGCCUGGUGCACAACGCAGUCGGCCCCGCCGUGGUGCCCACGCCAUAUCGAGACGUGUCUCACGAGCGAGCACGGAGUCCCAACCUUCCUCUCGGCUACCAAGACGUGCCCCUGAAUCGGGCCCAAAGCCCAGCGGUCGGUUCGCCGGUGCCAACGCCCGGGCCGGGCAUUGGCGGGCCACGGGGCUACAGCGGUCUGCCUCAACAUGAAGACACGGAGAGCCAGGAGAUGGAUCCCAUGCAGUACAACUACUUUAGAGGAGGAUCCCGGCCGACGAAGCCUCCCGGACAGGGCUGGUAA